CAUUCUACUAGUGAUAUACCAACAAUAUCCACACAUAAUGUAAAUCCUCUUCAACGUCGUCCUACUCCAAUAUAUGGAAUACCACGUCGUCCUACCCCAAUACAGGGAUUACAACGACCAUUAAGUCCUUUUAGCCCUACAACUUCGAGUAGAAUGCUACUUAGUUCACCCUCUCCUACCAGGACUAAUUUUUCCACUCCUCCAAUAACUCCCAAUACUGCUACAUUUCCAUCCCCUAAUACUGCUACUUUUCUUGCUCCAUUAUCUCCUAAUACUACUACUCUUCCUGCUCCAUUAUCUCCUACAAUGUCAUUUACGAAUUCACCCACUAGAGUUUCAUUUUAUCCAAACGAUCGAUAUAGAUAUUCUUAUCCUGAAAAAAAUGAUUCAUCAAUAUCACCUAUAUCAGUCAAAACAACGUCCAAACAUGUUAGAUCACUUGAAUUAGAAAAAAAUGAUCAAUCAAUUUCAAAUUCAAAACAUACUGAUACACGUAAUAAGCCUCGACCUAGUACAUUUGGUAGUCUCGCUGAUAUCGAAUCACAUUCACCUUUAACUAAAUCACAAAUAGAAAUUUUAGAUGAAAGGGAUGUAUGA